AUGAAAAUCAAAAUCUUUCUCCGGUUGUACUUCGAUCACCGAGGACAAACAGAAGAUCCUUACAUUGGCAUUUUUUGUUACCCCAGGCGGAAAGAAUCAUGUGAAGCUAACUGGUGGCAAACAUUGAUCAUCGACCUCAUAAGAUUGAAUGGCGAUGAUUUCAUUCAGUCUGAGGCUAUUCUGGUCCGUAAGAAAAUCGAGGGUGUCAGAGUGCGUGUAAGUUCGUUCCGCUAUAUUCUCAUAGAGUAUACUGAUACGAUUGACGCGUAUCUCGCAACAAAACUACUGACGGGCGUCCUUAACGCAUCAUGGAAGAUGGUGUGGUUUUUGGGACAAUACAGGAGACAAGAGUUUGUGAAGGUAGAUGGCAUAUCGUCAAUGCAUGUUUCGACAUGCUAUUACCCUGGUGGGUGUGGAGUGGAUGAGGGAUGUGCCAGAAUACCUACGGGAGAACAAGAAAUUAAAUUUAAUACUCACAUAUACGGAAUCAACCGGAUGGAAAUAUGGUUCAGCUCGGACCCUAUGGAUAGAGGCAUACAGCAAUGCAUAGAACACUCCUCUCCUCGAAAAUUCGGAUGA